AUGAAUUUAAAUGACGUUGUGGCGCCAUCCUCCGGCCGGGGUUUGACGAAUACCGACCGGAGUCGGGAUACCAGGAGUAGCGUGCAGAGGCAGACCAUUGCCAAGUUAGAGCAACAGCUGGCUGAAACCCGAGCUGCGCAACAAACUCUCCAAGACCGUACACGUGAGCCCAACAUAGAUGAGGUCAAAAAUGCUAAUUUGAAGCUGCCGUCGUUUUGGCAAAGGGAUCCCGCACUUUGGUUUGCCCAAGUGGAGGCACAGUUCCAUAUGCAUCCUACACAUACCUACAAAAUUAAAGCGGAUCAAAGCAAAUAUUUCACGAUCGUCGCAGCACUCGACUGCAGCGUGCUCCAGUCAGUCUCAGACAUUUUGACGAACCCCCCCGAGACGCAAAAGUACGAAACCAUCAAGGCCAAGUUGAUAUCUGCGUACACAGACUCACAAGAGAAACAACUCCGGAAGCUCUUAAACGAGUUGGAAUUGGGUGACCGGAAGCCAUCCCAGUUGUUACGGGAGAUGAAGACGCUCGCAGGCGAAUUAUGUUAUUCAGUAAUUUAGAAAGAAAAAAAAACUUUAUUUCUACUUGACAGAAUGACAAUGUAAUAUGUAAUGAAUGAAUUUACAAUGAUUGGUCUAAUAUAUAAGUAAUAUGGUGUUUGAUUAAGAUGAUAAGGGAUGAAAGUCCAGAUUGUUAGUUUGUUUGUUUAUAUUUCUUGUGACCCUUGGUCCCUUAUCAUAACUCUUCCCUCCUUAAGUUCGAAAAUAAAACGGAUGUGUUAUUUUCGAUAUUUUUUUUGUGGAAUUAAUCGUUUCCUAAUCUUGAAGAAAGUCCAUGUGAUGACGCAACAUAUUAUAAGGAGUAUUAGAACCACGAUGGCACUGAUGUAUAUGGGUUCUUUUGCUUCAUAAGGUUGUGGUGAGUUUAUGUGCAUUUGGGGGGAAAAUUGUUUAUGGAUUCUUGAUAUUUCAUCCAAAUUAAUCCGAUGUAAUUGAAGAUGAUUGCUGUUAAAUUUUGUAGUGUUUUGUGUUUUGAUUUCUGGUAGAAUAAAUGGUUCUCCUUCUAUUAAAACGGCUUCAUUGCUGAUAACGAGAUCUUCGCUCGUUAUAUAGCACUGUGGAGGAAUUUUAAUUAAACUUGGUUUUUCUAUGAUGGCGAAUCCCGUAUUUUUGCAGUUCUUCUUAAUUUUGAUUCGUGAUGUCAUUGGUAUGAUUAGGGCGUAGUUUCGGCUGAUUUGUUCGGAAAUGGAGGAUUUCACGUAUAUAGGUGUUGACUGGCAUCUGUUGGAUCUUGUAUUUUGAAUUAUUUCAAUUAUGCAAUCUUCAUUGUUUGGUACGAUUCUGUUUCGGCAGAUGUAAAUAUCCUCUAUCUUCUGGCAUUUGAUGUCUUCGUAUUGAUGGUUAUGAGUACUGAGUAAUAGGUAUGGUUUUGUGGGGAUAAUGGUUAAAUUGUUUUGUGGAAUGGGAUAAAGAUGGUAGUAGUCAAAAUUUGUUGGGUUAAGGAUGGGAAAGCGUAUAAUAAAUAUGAUCUUGUUGUCGUGGAAGGAUACUUUUACAUUAAUUAUUUUAUAAUAAGAGAAAGUAAUUUUAAAUUUUGGAAUUCUAUGGUUUUCGUAAAUUUUGUAUAAUAUUUCGAGCAUUUUGUUUAAGUCGUUUAUAGAAAUAAUUGAAUUGUGUAAAGUGUUUAAUUUGGCGAACAUUACUGCAUCUUCUAAAUUGUCCAGAAAUCUAAUUAAGUUUUGACAAUUAAGAAUGAUUUGAUCAAGGGUGUUCUGAGCACGAAUAUAAGCUGAUAUAUCAUUAAAAGCUUUGUUGACAUUAUCUUAAAAAUAAUUUAAUCUACUUUCGAUCAAUUUUUGAUUUUUACUGAGAGUGGUUACUGUUUCGUUAUAGUUUUCGAUUAAAGAUUUGGUGAGAAAGGUUUGUAAUUCAGUUUGUUUAUUUAGAGAAUUUUGAUUUGCUGAUAAGAGUUUAAGAGCUUUGUUUAUAUGUUCUUCGUCGUCAGAAUCUAAGGUGCCAAAUAACUAUUUCGAUAUUUUUCCUACUAGGUUGAUAAGUCCUCUUUUAUUUCGUAUAUGGGGGUUGAUAUUAUUUAACUUGUUUUGAGCUUCGGUGAUUAAAUAUUGGCCAUGAUUUAGUAUGUUAUUAAGAACAUUCUUAUAGGUGAUGUUUGCAUAAGGUAGUGAUAAAGUACUCAACGAGUUGUUGAUCGAAAGAAAAUUUUCAAUGGUAUUAUUGAGUAAUUGUAUCAAUGUUUUAAUUUCAAUAUAAUGAAUAAAUGCGUGUGAUGUUUCGCUUAUUUUACCUGUUCCAAGAUGAAAGGGAAGGAUUUGGGAAUUGACGGAUAUGAUUUCUAUGUCAUUAGAUGUUGUUAUUAUUGGAAAGGUCAGUAGAAGAAGAAGAAUCAUUUUUUCGAUGAUGUUCCUGUAACAAUAAUGGCUUUGUGUAAAUUUGUCUAGGUUUUUUAAUUGUGGAUUUAUGAUAUGUUCCUCUUUGUGUUAUAACUUUCUUAUCUUUAUCGGAAAUUAUUUGGGUUUCAGUAAAUUUGGGUUUGGCUUUGUUCCUCUCUUUAGUUUUAAUAUAGGCCGAUUGACCUGGUUGAUAUGAGCAUGGAUCUUGUCUUUUUUCAUUCAU